AACCGCGCAACGAUCAUUCGUUUUCGUCAGUCGUCGUUCGCUGUGCAAGCUCAAUCAUAAGAGCUAUCUAUAUACAUAUAUACCUAUAAAUGUAAUAUCGUGAGUGAUCGUUUACCAACAGCGCUGUUCUACUAACUUUUGACGUGUUUGACAAAUGUGCAGGUUGUACAUUGCAUAAGCGUGAUUGUCUGUAACCCGAAGCGUUGCAAUGGAGGAUGAGAACAGAAAUGACCGCAAGACGGACGAGGCAAAACAAUCGGAUGCUAACUCACCGGCAAAGGAAGUCUCGGGAAGGUCACAUCUAUUGAGACAAACACUGACGGCGAUCGGUCCGAUAAUGUCUACGAUAUCGGUCGGCGCGACCUUCGGUUACAGCGCGGUGCUUCUGCCGCAGCUGAAGCCUGACUCAGCAGCAGCAGCGGGAGGAUUCGGCCGAGAUCUAAACGCGAGCAGCGUGUUCUGGCUGGAAAACAAGCUGAACGAUUACGACAGGGAUCAUCGAAUAACGACGAGCAGCCUCGAUGAUGAAUCUUGGAUCGCGGCCUCCGCGGCCCUUCUGAUGGCCCCGGGUUGCUGGCUCUCGGGUAUCCUGAUGGAGCGCCUGGGCAGACGCGUGUCUCAGAUCCUGGUGAGUCCCGCGUACCUGAUCGCCUGGGCGACGGUCGGUUUUGCCCCUAAUUUCACGGCCCUGAUAGUCGGUCGUUUAUUGUCGGGCCUCUGCGUCGGCCUCCAGGGUCCGCUGGGCCCGGUUUACGUGGCCGAGACGAGCGAGCCGCGCAUGCGCGGGAUCCUGCUGGCCGGUAUAAGCCUGGCCAUUGCCGUGGGGAUAUUGAUCUCCCACGUCCUCGGGACCUGGUUCUCCUGGCGGGUCGCCGCCCACCUUUGCGCCGGGUUCCCUGUCCUGUCUCUUCUCGCCUGCCUCUUCGCCCCGGAGAGCCCAUCCUGGCUCGUGAAGAAGAAGCGGAUUUCCGAUGCGACGAACGCCUGGCUUUACCUCCGGGGUAAGAACGCGGCAGCGGAAUUUCGAGCGUUGGAAUAUCGCUCGUCGGAAACCCCCGAAAACUCGACGACCGGCGGUGCAGUCUGGAACUCCCGGACGUUUCUCGCGCCCCUAGCGAUCCUCAACGUAUUUUUCUUCGUUCAACAAUUCUCGGGCGUAAACGCGGUUGCCUUCUACUGCGUACAAUUGAUCGCCGACGUUUCCGAGCCCGCGGAUAAUCGCAACGCACAUUACGCCACCUUGGUUCUCGACGUCGUUCGCGUCGUCGCCAGCUUCUUUGCCUGCUGGUUGACCCGCCGAUGCGGUCGGCGAGGCCUCGCCCUCGUUUCCGGCGCCGGAACGGCGUCGAGUCUCUUCGUGCUCGGCGGAGGGCUGCUCUUCGGCCUGGGAACGCCGUGGCUUCCGGGCUCGAUGCUCGUCGUUUUCGUCUUCCUGGUCAGCGUCGGUCUGGUGCCACUGCCCUGGCUUUUAUGCGGCGAGAUAUUCCCCGUCGCGGCACGCGGCCUCGGAUCCGGUCUCAGUUCGGGCUUCGCGUUCGUUUGCUUUUUCAUCGUCGUCAAGACCGGACCUGCGAUGACCGCGACCCUGAGUAAUCCGGGGACUUUUCUACUUUACGGAUCUCUGACCGCGGCUGGUACGGUCUUCUUGUACUUCUUCUUACCCGAGACAAAGGACAAAACUCUCCAAGAUAUAGAGGAUCACUUUUUACGGAAUAGAAACGCUCCCGCCGCCGCCGUGGUCGCAACCUCGAAUACAAUUCAUACAGUCGGUGAUGACAGUAUGAAGGAAAGUCACCCGUAGUAAAGUAACUUAUACAUUAACUAUAUUGUUUAAUGUGUAUUGUAUAUGUAUAUAUAUGUAUAUAUAUAAGAUAAUAAGCUGCAGGGAGCAGAAAGUACAAAAAUUCUUUCAGCGAGUAUGAUUAUCUCAAUUCCUCAUAGUUGUAAUUUUUUUUUUUUCGCCACUGUCGAUUACACCUACGUUUUUAUAUAAAUGACGUGAAACAAUGUGUAACGAUUCAAGACGUAUUAUGUAAAGUAUAGCUAUGCGUACAUGCUUAUCAUGCUGCUGUCCUGCGUGCAUAAACAUCGUGUGAAUAAGCUGAACGGAUGCAUUAUGAAUAUAUAAUGUCCUGCAUUUAAUACCGAAGAGAAAAACCAAGCCCGUGGCGGAAUGAGCUUUUUGAAAUACAUAUAUGUAACAGGAAAACGGCAUCUUAUAUAUCUCUAACCGGUACAUGUAUGAUAAUUAAUCGUCGCCAAUGAAGAGAAGGCGGACGUCGUUAAACCCCUUAAAGAAUAUGUGAUUAGAAGCCGAAUGCUGCUGCGAUGCGGGGGGGAUAUCCAUACAAGGACACACGUAUACGCGCAUACGCAUGCACACUGCGUAUAAUACAGGCGAAGGGGCGUGGUACGUGGGUAAAACGCUAGCGGUAGCGGCGGGGUUUCCCCCACCACCGGAAGUCGCCUAUAUACACUGGACCUAUUCUAGGUUCUAGAUUAUUAACCGAGUAACGAACGAUUAUUUCUGUUCCUUAUAGGCAUUAUAGAUGGGUGUGUUUUGUGGCGAGUUGACGUUUUUGCCAACACAUCGAUUAUAGGAUCAUAAUGCACCUAUUGUUAUACAUGUGACAAUUAUGCCACAGGAAAAUAUGACUGUUUAGCGAUCACCUGAUUCGACAAGGACGAGGAAGCAAAUACGUGACAAUGUUUUCUUUCACCCUGUCGUUACAAGUUGUAAAUGUAGGUAUAAUGUGACCAUCUGUGAUCCCCAUGUGUGAUACGGAGUGCAUAACACUGGUCGACAAAAAAUAAAAUAUAUUUUUCGGUUUGUAUUUAAAUGAAUAAUUUUUGAUUCUAUACAUUGACUAAUAAACAAAAUCUUCAUUUAUUACUUAUAAAAUUUGCUUUUGUCUUUUUACGUUGAUAAAUAAAACUGUUGAUGUUUUUGGUUGAUAAUAUAAAUAGCGGGUAGCAGCACGGUGAAGUAAAAAACAAAAUUUAUUUGAUAAAACGAUUUUUCUGUUAUUAAUUACGUGGAAGAAAUCAAAAUUUGACUUCUAGAACCCAGACUCAAAAUUUGCGUUGACCGGUGUUAUGUCUUCGGGAUAUCAACGACGUCAGAAGCACAGUGUUAUAUACCUAGGUAUAACGACACAUAAACGAUGUCUACUACCUAUCUAGUAUAUUGAUUAUCCUAAAUUGACCCCCAGAACGAAGAUAUGCGUUUCUCCCCUUUCGUGCAAGCUCUUUGCCGCCGACGGCAGAAGCAGCGACAUUUCUCUCGAAUCGUCCCAGUGAUCUUUUAAGAUAUUAUAUACAAUUAAUGCAAUUGCAUGGAAAUUUUUAAAGAAACUGAAGCAAAACAAAUAUAUGAUCAAAAAAAUUACAGUGAGAUGUAUUCGCCCCAAUACGAAGCCGAUGAACGAUAUUACUUGACGCUAGGCACCCAUUAUAUGGCUCAGCCUGCACAUAUCAGGUGUGUUGUAUGCUCACGCGGAACGAUAGAUUUACUUGAAAACCCCUCGCUUCAUCGAUUGAAAGUCGUUUCUGCCUAUAGCAAACAUUUUAGAGAGCUUUGCGAUACCCGUUUCACUGCAGCUGACCGCUGGAAUUGCAUGGGAUCUAUCAUGUAUGCAAAUCAAGAUCGUCAAUUCCGAAGACAGAAACUAGUCGUGAGAGUAAUUAUUUCAUACAACUAUAAUUCUCGGUAAGAAAUAAGCAACAGUUGAAGAGAUUUCACGGCAUCUUUCGUCGCAUCGGUGAAUAAAUCGGAAAGAAAGCAAAGACAACGAAGAAAAGAACGGCGAGACUUUCUUCAACUCGAUUAACCUACCUAAGAUACCUAAUUAGUGCUAAUAAUCAUUUUAGGGAUUCGUCGAUAUUUCUCCGUAAAUUCCAUCGUAUGCAAACUCUAAGGUCCGACUCUUCGUAGACAGCCGACUAACCGGAAGUAACUUGAGAACUUUUAUAAUGGCGGAUUAAACUAAAAGACGCACGUCCGGGAAACUCCCCAUCCGAUCUCGUAACAGUUUUCUUUUCUUUGUCAAAUGUUUAUGCACAAUUAAUGCACAGCUAAAUUUUGAACAAUUUCACGGGUGCAGAAUAUCACAAGCAUGAUUAGUAUACUUGAAACCGUAUCACUAAUUUUGAUUACGUCACCUCAGAUAAAAUUUCUUUUCUCACAAUCACGUUUCGCAAUUUAUUUUCAUAUUUUCCCCCUGAAGUUACAAAUUUUCGUCAUCUAUGCAUCAUGCGCCUAAUUCUAUACUCAGUGUGAUGGAACCUGAAGACAAUUUUCAAAAAGUUCGCACCUCUUCGUGUCAGCGCGUAAACAUUUUUGCAUUUGAAUCUUAUCCUCCAUACUUUAACAGUAAUUAACACCCAUUUGUGAAUUUCUUACGUAAUGUAGGUGAAACAAAACAAUACACAAACCUAGGUAUGCAUGCAUAAAUCAAAAAAAAAAAAAAAAAAAAAUCGGCACCAGGGAUGGAGAACAAAAUGCAUAUAGGUAUGCAAAUCAACAUCCACGUGCACAUAGUUUUCACCCACUCUUACGUGUUGCAGUAACCGCUUUUCGUCGUCCGUCAAAUACCUACGCAUACACAUACAAACACACACACACGCACGCACGCACGCAAGCUUCCCUUUUGUAAGAUUAUCUUACCCUUUUCUAUCCAUCCUACUUCAACCGAUUAAAGCUUCCUUUUUUUCUCUGUGAUUUUAUACAUAGCCUUUUAGGUAUAUAUCUUUCGGCGGGAACGGCUUGUCUUUCAGAAAGUCGUUACAUACAUCCUUGCACUGCGCGAACAUUUUCUCCGAUAAUAAAUAAUAACGAACGAAACAUAUAUUUCAUACGUUAAGGAGGCACACAUUUCUUAAAUUAUUAGCGAAAGAGCGAGAAAAAUUGCAUUGUUGCGUGAUACACUUUUUUUCCUUUCUGUAUAUGGUUUAUUUUCGGGACGGAAUAGAUCAGGGAUAUUCACGCGUGACAUUAUAAAAUUCUAGACAUAUUAAAUGUAUGCGACUAAAUAUUGUAUAUCUACAUUCAAAUUAUCAUAUAUGUAUAAUAUAUAUAUGUGUGUGCUAUUUAUUUCUUUUCUAUGUGUAGAAAGGGUUCUAGGUACACUUUUCAUAUGUAUGUGUAUAAGUGAUAUGAAUAUCCUAACGAGGCACAUUUUUCCGACAAUAAUUGUAUUACAACAUAUCUAAGGCCACGUAAUAUUAUUUUAUACCUUAUGGAAUGCGCAACGCUAAUACAUCUUGUAUAAUUAUCUUUAUGGUUGCGUUAAUAUACACGAUACAUUUAUGUAUGUAUCUAUGCGUAUGAAAACGUAGGAAGGAGAGCGAGCGGAAUUAAAAAAAAUACCGAGUUCAAUUUGAACUAUAAAAGAUUGCUUUAGAGUCAGAAGAAAUUAUGCAAUGAUCAUUUCGCAAUGAAAAGAUGACGAAAAAAGUCCCGAGGCAGGUGAAUCAGGUGCACGCUCACUCCAUCAGUUUAGUGAAUGAUGUAUGUAUAUACAUACGUACGUAAAUAAGUGCACAUAUAUUAUACAUAUAACAGUAGUUGCAUAUAAUAACGGAGUCGAGAUACAUUUCUUCGUAUAGAUAUUAUACACUUCGUUAGUAAUUUGGCGAGUAUAACGUGCCAGGUUAUAAAAUUAAGUAUACACGUUUGUAUGAUUGUAUACACUAAUAUUAUUCUAACAGAAUUGUUAUAAAUAGUAUAAACGUUAUGGUCCCGAUAAUACGACCGUCGAAUAUUUCAUCAGUUUAAGAGAUUCCUUUUUAACCCCACUCCCUCCUAUCAAUCGUUACAAUAUUUCUACUCAGGAUACACCAACAUAAAUUAAGCGUAAAAACUUUAUAGCUGCCUUACUUGACCCGUCAAAACCGAGUAUAAUUAAGGUAAUCCAAUAGAAAAUUAAA